AUGGGCUCGGGUGAAGCCGCGGGCCGCUCAGCUGCAACGCAUCGCCCGCACAGUCCAGCAGAUGUGCCCGAGAAGACUGUCUCUGCAGCCGAGGAAGAUGUCAUCAUGUUUGACGACAGCUCGGACUCGGAUGUGUCCAUGUCGCCUGCAUCAGACGACGACAUUGAGGACACAUGCCAGCAUCGUGUGCCUGAUGACACGACUAUAGACAGCAUGCUUGAUCCACAGACCACUGCCAAGGGCCGGGGCGCUGCUGGAGGCGAUAGAUCUGGGAAGCGGAAAUCACCGGGCGCUGACUUUGUCCCAGAGGAACCCUCAGAGCAUGUGAAGAAAGUCAAGCUGGACAGGAAUGUGCCCUCUCGCCCCCAACGCAUAGGUUCUCUUGGAGCAGAUCGUUCUCUGCUACCUCCAGAGAUCUGGCAUCAUAUCUUCACUUUCGUCCCUCCCAUUACACUUGGCACCCUAGUGCGGGUCAGCAGACUGUUCAAUCUCUACCUCGAUCCCUCCUCAUCCGUUCCAUGCCGUCCUCCCGCCUAUGCUACACGGGGGCCCGUUGCGGCGCUUCAGCCAGAUGCCAUCUGGCAAGUUUCCAGGAGGCGUCAUUGGUCAUCCAAGAUGCCAUCACCACUGAUGGGCAAGACCGAGCUGGACAUGUGGCGCUUGGUCUACGCCACGAGCUGCCAAUAUUGUGGCAUGUUGGUAAACGCCGAUGCAUUGACAACCCAGGCAAAGUUGAAUCCGGGUCCUGGGUCGGAAAACGUAAAAACCAUUUGGCCAUUCGCAACGACGUCUUGCGGGCCUUGCUUGGUAUCCAAUACCACAAAGGAGAUCGACUUACUACUUUCGUCUUCUGUCCCAUCUCUACUUCUUCCUGCAUUGCCAUUCGUUCUGAUCACCGGUGACCUCCAAGUCUAUACCCCCAGCACUGUGGAGAACGGCCAAAUCCCCACAUCAGCACCAUUAACCAAGUUGUUCUUCUCAGAGCAUGUUGACGAGCUCAAGGCGGAGUUCCUGACCGUCAAGGAUCUCGGGUCGGGUGCUGCUGAAGAGUGGCUCAAGGGCCUUGAGGAUUAUGGCAAGCAACGCCGCCUCGAUGCUGCUCGAUGGGAGAAAUGGGAAUCCGCCGGCGGAGCAGUUCAAGCCUGUAGUGCUCGUCGACAUGAGCUGAAGACGUCAGAUCAGAUGCACCAUGUCGGAUCGGAAAGCCCGACGGGUGCCCCAAACUCGACCCUCGCAGUGGACAGACACGAAACCUCCAGUUUACCCAAUGCUGCUCCGAGUGCCCCAUCACCUUCAACUGGUUUGCAACGCAUAAUGCCUCUGGUCGUCGAUAAUGAUACGCCAUUCUCGGUACCGCCGACAUCGGUACAACCCGUCCAGAGUCACCAGUCGCGUGUGCGGACACGUGAAGAAGUUUUGGAGAUGAAAGCUGCUCGACAAGCUGAGAUCGAGAGGCGCGCUAUGUUGCUGGAGCCCCCGUUGCUACCCAAUAUACUCGCCCAUAUGCCUGCGUUUCAAGCCGCUUUGCAAAUCAUCACGCCCCUCGAUGAUCACGCAUGGGGGCUUCUCAAACCCCGCUUGCUGGGCCAAAGAGCCGAUGCAGAAGUGCGCGACGAGAAGGAGCGCAAACAACAGACUCCCUCGACCUUGCAAGUCGUGCAGGAACCAGCGAGGGCACCUGGAUCAGAAUCGCAGAGCAGAGAGUCGAAAGAGCUCGUAGAUAAAGACUGGGAUGACGCUCAAGCCCCUCUUCGGGCUGAGAUAUCCAUGUACGCCGACGAGGCCAUCCGCGAUACUUGGGAUGAUGGCAACAAGGUCGGAAGAGAAAACAGCCCCAAGUUUGCAGCGGAUGUUCUUCUAUCUGUGCGCAGGCGUUUCUAUUCUCAAAUCACAAAGGCCGCCGCUGCAGCCCGUUCCGAAGGCCGGAAGCCACCUCGCGAUCCGCCGCAGGGCCCCUUUACCCAGAAAUUGACACUUGAGAAUAUGAAAUGGCUGUUCGACACGAAGAUCAAGCCUCACACCGAAUCGUAUCGCAAGGAACUGUUUAUAUGCAACGGAUGUGAAGACAACCUCAAGGCGUAUGGAUUUGAAGGUGUCGUGCAGCACUAUGCUGCCAAACAUACCAGCUCACUCAGUCUCGGCAGCGUAGUAGUAUAUUGGCGAUCAGAGUGGCCGGAAGUACCUCCGUUCCACCCGGAUCCCAUUGCAAGAAGCGCUCAACAUCGCCAACCGGCUGGCCUGUCUUCACAUCCUGCAUCUGGGCACGCCCAUCAAACAGGCUCCAGCCAAACGCAGCAUAUUACAUUUGGGAGUGUUCCUUAUACACCAUUAUACCCCGGUCCACCCUAUACCGCCAACUACCCUCCGCCGGUUCAUCCGGUCCAGCAAAGUGCCUUUGGCCCACCGCCAGGGGUCUAUAAUCAGCAGCAAGGCCCUUACGAUCCUCCAUUUCCGCAUUCGCCCGCGGCUUUCAACGCCAGUCACAGCGCACCGCCGAGUGUGCUCUCGGCGCACCAGGGAAUGCUACCCAAUCACUAUUACCCUCCACAUUUUGGCCCUCUCAUCACGGGCCCUCCCGGCGUUCAACAUGGUCAGAAUUAUAAUGCAUUUCAUGCUAACAGCCAGGGUGUAUAUCCCAUCCCUCAGCAUGGCCCCUUUCCGGACAAAACGCUUUCUUUGCUUCAACUUGAUGAUCUGGCUCGCAACUCACGAGACGUAUGGAUGACCAUUGCAGGCGUGAAAGAACUUACUGGUGAUAUAAGAGUCAGUGUUGUUCUAUGGCACUUGGCUAAAAGGUACAGGUCUCGAUUUUCAGAAAGCCCACCGCUGGUGAUGUUCAUUGACGGCCUCUCCAACAACAAAGAAAUGCGCCCUGUCCGCAAUGUUAACAGACUCAUUUGCAAAGCUUGCCAACUAGGUCUGGAUAAUAUCGUUAUGCGUGAAGGCGAAAGAAGCACUUUCUCACUCCCCCAGCUCGUAACCCAUUUUCAGCAAAAACACAUUGAGCCUUUGCAGGCUAUGGGCGGUGCCAUGCCAGAUUGGACUAUCGACAUGGUGUACAUCCCUGAUCUGUCCUGUCUUUCAAACCUGCGAGCCAUGGUUGGCAUGGACAACCACAAGUUUGCUCUUAUCACAGAGGCGUUUCCUCAAGCGGCGCUUCCCAUGGUACCCGAGCCUCCGCCUGCCGUGGGCCAUACUGGUGCACUUCUAGAUGGCCCCGCCAGUAUCGGUGCUGGGUACAAUCCACCAAAUAACAUACCUCGCCAUGGUCUUCAAAUAAACGGUAUACACAUCCCGUACAAUCCUCAUCACGCAGCCUCGGAAUCCGGGUCGCAGCAUGCCGCCGCAACGGCAGCCUCACCAGCGGAGGGCCAUAUAAACCCAGCGUUUGCACCAUAUCAGGCACCGCGGCAUAACUCACAACUUUCUAGCCAUAGCAAUUCUGGACAGACCUCUCCUGACGCACGGCAAAACAAACACCGCGGUCGACAGCCUGCCGCAAGAGACCGGAAGCCAGCUGCCAGUUCAGGCGGCAAAACUCGGAAGGGCAAUGCUAGAAAUGGCGUGGAGAGUCCCGCCGCUACCAAGAUGGAAGACGAAGAAGUCGACAAGGAGGCUGAAGCCGAAGCACAGCGCCAAGAGGAGGAAAUUCGAGCCAUGUGGGCUGCUGAGCGCAAAACUGCUGCCCGCAUAGCUUCGACCUCUGUAGCUCCGCAAGUGGACUCCGGCGACGAGAGAGAAUCUUCAGCUAGGUCGCCAGCCCAGGCACCUGCUCAACAGGCCGUCUCGGUGUCCGCAGCUUCCGGCAAGCUGCUCGCACGGCACCCUUCACCAGAAUCCGAGUCAGACGACGAUGAUGAUCUAUUUGCAAGCUUGGAGUCCCACUUGAAUGAAGAGCAUACACUUCAUACAUACGAAACACAAUCAUCCAGGAAGCCCGACGUUGAGCCAAGGAGGGUGCAACCGGUCUAUGACCAGUGGGCUACCAGGGAACAAAGGUGGAACGACGAUGGCCCACUACCUUCUCAACUCGAACGACCUCCUAUGCAUGAGCACAAUCACUCGCAGCCCCCAACUCGCGCUCGAACCCGUCCAACACAGGCCGUUCCUGCCCAGUACUACCAAGAAACCAGUCCUCCCACUCACCCGCCGGAGCCUGCACACACUCGAGCGCUUUCCCACGGUGGCCCUCCUGGGCUUGGAUUUGAAGGAAGAUCGACAAGACAUUUCCACGAAUCUUGCGCGGCCGAUCAAGACCAUACUUAUCAGGCAGAUUACUACUCGUCACGUCCAACCCAGGAACUAAGGCGGCCUUCACCGCCGUCCGCAAACCAUUCAGGUCCGCGUUUGGGCGAAUCAAGACCACUGAUGCCGCUGUCAGGAGGGCCGUACACGGAAGCCUACGAGCUCGUGCUGGUCCAAGAUACACGAGGCGAGUAUUAUAUCAAGAGACCUAUCUUUAGGGACCAUGAACCUAUCUAUACGAGGUACACAGAUGAGAAUCCCAUCUAUCGCGAAUCAACGGCGCGCAGAGCCCCUGUACAAGAUCGUUAUGCGCCAGAGUCUCCCUAUGGGCCCGGAAAUCCAGUCCAUAGCCUGGGAUCUAGUCAUCAACGCGUCUUUGACUCUCCAAGAAGGUCACACGAUGUGAUGCGACAGACAUAUUGUGAGAACCCUUCUAGGACUGUGGCUGUACCGGAUGAGGAGUACGACCCGAGAUUUCCUGCUGCGCCACCCGGCCUCGAUCCAUCCCGUUACGUCCGCUACGAGUAA